CCCUCCAGCACCGAGGGGGUGUUGCCUCCAAGUGGCCAUAUUGAGAUGUAUGUGAGUGUGUGUGUGUGUGAUGUGGAGAGCAGGUCUGGCUGAAGACAGAUAAUUCCUGCGCACACAGACUCUGGUGACGAUGGCGGCCGGUGACAUAGAUGUCUUCGCAAAUGAAGAAAAGCGAAACGUGGAGCUCGGCGGCCAUGUGGGCUUUGACAGUCUUCCAGAUCAGCUCGUCAGUAAAUCGGUUGCUCAGGGAUUCUGCUUCAACAUCCUCUGUGUGGGCGAGACGGGGAUAGGGAAGUCGACACUGAUGAACACUCUCUUCAAUACGAUGUUUGAAAACGAGGAAGCCAGCCACUAUGAGCAAGAGGUGCAGCUUCGCCCACAGACGUAUGACCUGCAGGAGAGCAAUGUCAACCUAAAGCUGACCAUUGUGCACUCUGUGGGCUUUGGGGACCAGAUCAACAAAGAGGACAGCUAUAAACCCAUUCUUGAAUAUAUCGACGCCCAGUUCGAGAAGUACCUCGAAGAGGAGCUGAAAAUAAAGCGAUCCCUCUUCAACUACCACGACACGAGGAUCCACAUCUGCCUGUAUUUCGUCGCUCCCACCGGACACUCGCUGAAGUCCCUCGACCUCGUCACCAUGAAGAAACUGGACAGCAAGGUGAACAUCAUCCCUGUUAUUGCGAAGGCCGACACCGUGUCCAGGAGUGAACUGGACAAAUUAAAGAUCAAGAUUAUGAGUGAGCUGGUCAGCAAUGGGGUGCAGAUAUAUCAGUUUCCUACAGAGGAUGAGGCUGUUGCGGAGAUCAACUCCUCCAUGAAUACUCAUCUUCCCUUUGCUGUGGUUGGAAGCGUAGAAGACGUUAAAGUAGGAAAUAAGAUGGUGAAAGCGAGGCUGUAUCCAUGGGGAUCAGUGCAGGUGGAGAACGAAAACCACUGCGAUUUCGUGAAGCUGAGGGAGAUGCUGCUGCGUGUGAACAUGGAGGAUCUCCGGGAGCAAACACACGCCCGACACUAUGAGCUGUACCGCCGCUGCAAGCUGGAAGAGAUGGGCUUCAAGGACACGGGGCCUGACAGCCAGUCGUUCAGCCUCCAGGAGACGUAUGAAGCCAAGAGGAAGGAGUUCCUCGUGGAGCUGCAGCGCAAAGAGGAAGAGAUGAGGCAGAUGUUCGUCAACAAAGUCAAGGAGACAGAAGCGGAGCUGAAAGAAAAAGAAAAAGAGCUCCACGAGAGGUUCGAGCAGCUCAAGCGGAUGCACCAGGAGGAAAAGAAAAAUCUGGAGGAGAAAAGACGAGAGCUGGAAGAAGAGAUGAACGCCUUCAACAGGCGAAAGGUUGCGGCUGAGACACUGAUGGGACAGGCGCUCCAGGGCUGCUCGCAACAGCCGUUCAAGAAGGACAAGGACAAAAAGAACUUCUUUAGUCUUCCAUCUGCGUGCUCCUUAACCUCAGGAAGGAAUUUGAAUUAGGAGACAUUCAGCCGCAUCGAAACUUCACAGACUAACAAUCGAGUGUAUUAUUUUUACAACGCUUAAUAAAAGUUUUAUAGAAAUUUAACAUCCCUGGAAAUGAGAGUCAGCCUGAAGUCUUCCAUGUCUACUAAACCUUGUCCUUUUAAGCUUUUAAACAUCGCACUGUAGCAUGGUCUGUGCAUGACUCCCUAACUUCAUUCCCAUGAGUGUUAAAACAUUGCCAAAAUUGCAGUUUUUUUUGUAAUGAAUGUGCUAUUUUCUUUUCCAUGUUAUGCUCGUAGUUCAUGACUGAUACCAAUUUACACUGUGAAAUAUAUGGUAUAAACUGACAUGAAAAUGCUGUUGAAGUCUGUAUAUGUUUUAAAUCAUAUUAUGAUUUAGAAGCACUUUAAACCAAUCAUAGUUCAGAUGCUAUUUUUAGCCAUAUCUAUAGUCAUACAUGGCUCCAUACUAACCUGUGAGACUUUAUGUUGUGUCUUAAAGAUAUAGAUAGAAGUAUUUCAUAGUAAACUGUAAAAACUCUAUAUUCUGUUGUUACUUGAAAAAGCCCUGGAUGUAUAUACAAUCAGGAUUGAAUCUCUUAUUGUGAGUUGAUCUAUAUGGUGGUCUCUGUGUGGGCCCACUUGCAGAUUUGUAAAUCCUGUGCUAAUAAAGAAUUACUUUAUUGAAAA